AUGGAGGCGCCGUCGCUGGAGCACCGUGUGCCGGCGGAGGAGCGGCACCGGAUCGAGCGGGUGGCGCGGUUCGUGGCGCGGGACCGGGACGGGGACCUGGCGGAGGCGCUGCUGCUGCGGCUGCUGAGGAUCACGCGCAACGGCCGGCGCUGGGGGUUCCUGGCCAACGACCACCCGCUCCACCCCUACUACCUCCAGCAGAAGGUCUCCGAGCAGUGCCGCAUCCUCCGCCCCCGCCACGCCGCCGACCGCUGACCGACCGCCCGCAUGCAUGCAUCUUCGUUGUUUUCAUUCAUUCUUGUCUCGCGAUCGCAUCCCAUUCUUUAUUCGUAGGAUU